AUGGUUCUAACAAGAGCCCAAUACAGAAAAAAAUUAAAUUAUCAACAUCUCCAACAACCCCAACAACCACAACAACCACAACAGAAGCAACAACAGCAAAAACGCGGUCGAGGAAGGCCACGAAAAAAUAUUCAACCCAUUCAACCUAAAGCUCAACAACCAUCACCACAGCAAAAACCUUCAUUCGUAAAAAUAUUUCAACGACUUAUUUAUCCAAAGUGCUUGUGGAGAUUUAAUGAAUCAUGCUUAACUAUAGAUGGUGGAGAUUGCGGUAUAGGAUGGAAUAUAUGGAAUGUUGGUCCUGAAUAUCAUUUGCCUGAUGAUGUUAAGGAUGGUUUAGAAGAUUCGGGAAAUUCUUUCUAA